UUGUACAUGUUGUACAGCUGAGUACCACGCGAGAGUGUAUGUGCCUUCGGUGAGUUUGUACUGGCAUCGUGGUGCGGAUGCCAUUGCCUCAGACCCCAGGACUCUGGAAAGCACACCGAUAGCAAUUUUAAUAGUCAAGCGUGAAAUACUAGUACGGAUGUGUGCCUAGUCGACUGUUAGUCCCGAGCAGUGGCAUGCUCCGAUCUGCUGCGAGAUUUUCACUCGUUGAACGUUCUGCUCGCUGCCACCUGUGAGGUUUGACUUGUUGCGAUUGUGCGGAUACAGAGGGAAUUCUUUGAAGGACGUAGCCGGCUAGCUGUAUAUACACUGUAGCACCGUGUCUGGCCGGACAGUAGUCAGUAAGCCUUGCGAAGCCCCCUGGUCCUGGUCUGUGGGUGUGAACGCGGGUGCAGGUGCGAGACGAUGGGCAACUCGCAGCCACACGCCGUCGAUGUCAUGCCACAUGGUCAAAGCUCGUGCUACUACCAAGGCGAACGCGACAUUCGUGCGACGGGCAUGAGGGAACAUGUGCAGAAGAAAGCUUUGCGUGCGCAUAUCGAUGCGAACGGAGUCGUGAACGCCUCCUGUGGCUCUGGUCAUGAGGCUCUCGAUACAUAUCAGGUUCGCACGCGUGUCAACUCAAUGUGCUGCCAGAACCAAAACGUGUGGGAACUCUACUCGUCCGGCUCGGAGUCUUCCUGCUCCUCACGGCAGAGCUGGGCAUCCUCCGACCGCUCUUCCAUCGGCGACGAUGCUGCCGAUGCGUGCGUAAUGCGGAGACCAACUUACCUCAAGACGGUGGUGAACAGUGACACGUCGGAUGACCGAUCCAGCCCCGACUCACCGCCGGCGCACUCUGCUCAGCGCAAAGAGGACGGCAACAUCAGUGGCAGUAAUGCUUCAGCCAGCAAGCCCACGGCAUUGCAGCAGCGGCAGCACCAUGCUGGUCGAGUGCACCGGCGCAAGAACAUGUCGCGGCACCGCGCCUCCGCCUCGGCCGUGCAGACGCUGGAGCGCCAGGAUGAGGACUUUGAGGACGUUGGCAGCAGCAGCCAGCGCGGCCGUGCAAGCUCCUGCUGCGAGAGGAGUGCCACCGAAUCGCAGGCCCGGACCCGACGGAUCCACGGUCUGCUCAACCCCGCUGCUCUGCAUGGCAGCCACAGUAGAGAUACGUCGCCCGGUAGCCGACAACGCACUUCGGGAUGGUCGGCGGCGAGAAACUCGGUGGUCUCGAACAGUUCUAACGAAUUCCUCGUCACGGCGAGCAUUUCGGACCUGGCGGCGGCCAACAAGCACCUGCAGAACCGGCGCAGCAUGUGCACUGUGUCUUCCCAGGCUGCCCCUGACGAAGGCCUAGCCAGGCAGCACAAUCACCGCCAGCCGCGGCUCAGCACUGGUGGCAAGUCCUGCUCGUACUUCACUGGUGUUGUCAGUGCGGAGCCCGUCGACGCCUGGAAUGAUAUGUUUGACGAUCAGAUGCCGGCAUCAGGCCUGCAGCUGGACCUGGGCAGCUUUGAAGUCAAGCUCCAGAAAAUGGCAUCGUCGCCGACCGAAGAGUCCCUGCACCUGAACCUGGCUGGCAUAGAGGAAGAUAGCUCCUAGUUUAUGAGCGUGUUGGCACGAGCGUAGCCCAGCCCAUGUUGUGUGCGUGUAACGUGAUCAAGGUCGAAGAUCUGCUUCGACCCUGUGUGAACUUCGCUUCGAUUUGUAGCAUGUCUCGCCCAGUUCAACUCGUAUGCAUUGGCUUAUAAAUUGGUCUCGUCCGGAAUUGGAUGGUGCUGAGUGCCCCUGCAGUUGUUUUAACUCCACUUAGAUUCAUGAUGCUGUGCUAGCAUGUUUACCUGCUAGCGGUAAGAGGCUUUGUUAUGGCCUCCUUGGUGGAAGUAUCUGUUCAAGAUAGCGGGACACUGCCAAACCAACCGACUGCAUCGAAGCCAGAUUCUCUCAUCUCCGCAUCGGUUGAUGAACCCGCGUGCUGUCAAUCGUUCUCCUUUGCUCUCUGUUCUACACACAGUACAUGCAAUCAUUAAGGUCUCCACAUUUAAAAAAAGGCAAUGCGAAUUGGCUGAUGACGGUAAGUGUGCCCGCAAUUUUGAAAGUAUCACAAUACAUGCAUUGAUGCUAGCCAUUCCACACCUAAUUCUGGUGAUAUUUUUUAUGUUUCCGGACUGGGAGUUUCCGUUCACUGCCCAUGGCCGCUUGCAGACUAUCCAACUAGUGCAAAUGUAAGAUUUUAACGAGUGCAAUUCUCUACAGAGUCAGCUUGCUAGUUAGUUUCUCGACUCGCUCGUAUGCUCAGUUAGCUGUCUAUGCUCAGCCGACAUGGAGGGGCCUUGGUAUCAGGAAAAUCAAUACCGUAAAAGUCCGUAAAUAAGUACCUGCCCGAAAGAAAUACCCCCUUCAUUCUUUUGGCUCUGUCUGUUGAAGUCAAGUCAAGCCCGAUAAACAUACUGCCCGAAAUAAGUACCGGUAUGAUGCGCACAUGCAGCAUGUAGCAUGCACAUGUACAUCGACAUGAAAAUGACUUCUCCACUACAUACAAGUCAGGUCCGAAAGUUAGUUCGUGCCCGAAAGUCAGUACCCGCCCGAAAGUUAGUACGGGUGUGGUCACUAAAUUCGAAAGUAAAUACGUACUUAUUUACGGACUUUUACGGUAGUGGUUUUGAUACCCAUUUAAGAAACAGUCGUCUUGGUAUCCGUGUUGGAAAUAGCGGGCAUGGUAUCGAUUUUUUGGAAAGAGCGAUAUUGAUAUCAGUGCUGCGAAAUAGUCAUCUUGGUAUCUGUUGUUAUCAUAGACAGUAACGUAUGCACCAUCUGUGCAACAUUACGGUCAUGUGCAUCUACACAGUAACCAUGGUAACCCAACUCACUGUAGUGACCCCGAAUAAGGUAGGUAUGCCUGAUCACUCACAUUAUGUUCUUUUCGAACAACAUUCAAUAUCGCUGUUGUUUUGAGUCUGUAUUCAAGCAGAUGCUUCUG